AUGGUUGCCACCAACCAUCCCCAAGACGAGGGCUCUUCCAGACCCAGAAGUGCUUCGGCAUCUGCCUCUACAAGGCAACAGUCUUCCUCCGCCACCGAACCUCAAUCUCAUACCAGUCGAGAGCACACUACCGACCAUCCUCAAACCCCCUCCACCCAGCGCUCUCAACAUGAGCAGCCUUCUAGUGCCCACUCCUCUUCGCAACAGCAGUCAUCAUUUUAUCCCUCCAACGUAAAUCAACACAGCCGUGGGUUUGACCAAUCAGGCUUUCCCCUUUCCAACGACCCUAGAGUUUUGGUGGCUGCUUCUCCCCCAGGCUCCCCUCGACUUCAGCCUACCUAUCGUUCAACGCGAUCUUUGGGUGGCUCAGAAGCUACUUCUCCUAGUAGGAUAAAAGUCCGAGAUCUCUCCCAUAUCCGCAGCUUUGCCAGUGAGGAAUAUUUGGCCCGACCAAGACUGGCUGCGAGGACAGCUAGUGGCUUUUCAGAUACGGGGAGGCAAUAUGAGAUCAGUUCCAUGCCGGUUACGGACAUCAUUGAGAUGGUUGCAGGAUUACUCACCAAAAUCACCACUACCAAUGACCGUCAGCAUGAGCACCACCGACCCGUCGCAUUGACUGAGGAGCAGAGCCACCUCAAUCCCCAAGCCAACUGCGUCCUCGCCUUCCACGGCAAGAACGUCCCAGGAAUCACCAUUUUGAGUUAUUUGAGUCGGAUACAUAAGUACUGUCCGACCACUUAUGAGGUUUUCCUGAGCCUGUUGGUCUAUUUUGACCGCAUGACUGAAGCUGUGAAUCGACGGCUUUUGGGCAACACAUCAGCCCGUCCAAAUGACUCCCCGGCCACUGCUCCUGAAUCAUCUACACCCACCUCAAGAUCUCCUCUACCAAUGAAUGUGGAUAGUCCACAGCAACAUUCCGAUGUUGGCACCCCGCCUCCAUCGGCUCCUAGUACUUCACCUGAGCCUCCUUCGAUAACUAGAGUGCCCUCAUUCCACCCGUCGUCUGGAAAUCCCCAAGAUUUGUCCCAGUUUUUUGUGGUUGACAGUUACAAUAUUCACCGGCUUGUCAUAGCUGGCGUCACAUGUGCUAGCAAAUUCUUCUCCGAUGUUUUCUACACCAAUUCUCGAUAUGCAAAGGUUGGCGGUCUUCCACUCGUGGAACUCAACAACCUCGAACUCCAAUUCCUCAUUCUUAACGAUUUUAGACUCUCGGUGCCCGUAGAAGAACUCGAAGCCUAUGGCACCAUGUUAGUGGAAUUCUAUGCUCGAGAACUGGUUGCACAACAGCAAGCAGCUCAUGCCACAAUGUCGCCCGUCCCGGCAGACGGCAUGUACAUGAGGUCAGGCAGACCGACUGCAGGACAGCCAUCGGCACCACCGACCUGA